CACAUAAGUCCCAUCUUUUCUUCCUGUCUGGCGAUAUAACUUUGGAGAGGUCCUAGCCAACGGCGGAGGAAUCCCUCUCCGCCUCUCUCUCUCUCUCUUCCCUCGAGUCCCCACCACACUGCGCCGACUUUAUCCUUCCUCGAUCCCAAAUCCGUCCAAUUUCGAGCACCUGGGGCUUGCCAAUACUUCGCCUUUUGCUCCAUCGACCCCUCUCCGGUCGUCGCCGCCUCUCGCGUGUACGUUCUUCGUCCUCUUUUAAGGAGCUGGCUGCCAAGCUUGGCUUUGGACACGUUCCGGAGAGGAAUCUUUGAAAUUGGUUUCCGUUUUGAUGCGGAAAUUGUAUUUCGUUGGGGGAAGUUGAUGAGCGCUGAGCUCUGUUGAUUUCACCACUUGGUUGCUGAGUUAUAGCAGUAUUUGAGGGGAGUGAUCCGGUAAAAGCUUCCUUGGGCACCUCAAUUGGAGCUCGAGUGAGGAAAGUGCUCUCUUUUCUUAAUUUGCUUCGUAUGUUUUUCUGCGGUUCCGUUGUUAGCUGGAUUCGGAGAUUGAGGUCCUGGUUUUGGUACGCAUCUUAGUUGAAAUCAUAAAGACCAGGAAACUGAGUUGUUUUGAAGAAAGUAGUGGUGUUUCAUGGCAUCUGUCUCUGAAGAUGAAGAGAGUAACAAGGGCAGCAUGUGGGAAUUGGAUCAGAGUCUUGAUCAACCUAUGGAUGAAGAGGCUGGCAGGAUUAGGAAUAUGUACAAAGAAAAGAAAUCCUCUGUUAUUUUGGUAACACGACUUGCAUUUCAGAGUCUUGGGAUUGUAUUUGGAGAUUUGGGAACAUCCCCGCUUUAUGUGUUCUAUAAUACUUUCCCUCAUGGUAUUGAUGAUCCAGAAGAUGUAAUUGGAGCUCUUUCUUUGAUCAUAUAUACACUCACAUUAAUACCCCUUCUUAAAUAUGUUCUCAUAGUACUGAGAGCAAAUGAUAAUGGUCAAGGUGGUACCUUUGCACUUUAUUCAUUGCUUUGCCGGCAUGCAAAAGUUCAUACCAUUCCAAACCAACAUAGGACUGAUGAACAACUUACAACUUACAGUCGUCAUACAUUUGAGGAGAACACACUAGCUGCAAAAGUCAAGAGAUGGUUAGAGUCUCAUAGAUAUAAAAAAAACACUCUCCUUAUUCUUGUCCUUGUUGGGACAUGUAUGGCAAUUGGUGAUGGGAUUCUCACACCUGUCAUCUCAGUUCUAUCUGCCUCAGGCGGCAUAAAGGUUAACCAUCCAAAAUUGAGCAAUGAUGUCGUUGUUCUAGUUGCGGUCAUCAUAUUGAUUGGGUUGUUUAGUAUGCAACAUUUGGGUACUGAUAGAGUUGGUUGGCUUUUUGCUCCUGUUGUGCUCGUCUGGUUUUUGUUUAUUGGGAGUAUUGGUGCUCUGAACAUAUGGAAGUAUGAUUCCUCAGUCCUGAAGGCUUUCAAUCCUGUUUACAUCUUUCGAUAUUUUAGGCGAGGGAAACGUGACAGUUGGAUAUCACUAGGAGGGGUUUUUCUCAGUAUAACAGGAACAGAAGCGUUAUUUGCUGACCUGUCUCAUUUCCCUGUACUAGCUAUUCAGAUAGCUUUUACUACAAUUGUGUUUCCUUGUCUUCUUUUGGCAUACAUCGGGCAAGCUGCAUAUCUUGUUGGCAACAGAGACCAUGUUUCUGAUGCAUUCUACCGAGCAAUUCCAGAUAGUAUUUAUUGGCCCAUGUUUAUUGUGGCAACAGCAGCGGCAAUCAUUGCUAGUCAAGCUACCAUAUCUGCAACAUUUUCAAUAAUCAAACAAGCUCUUGCGCUGGGUUGCUUUCCGAAAGUCAAGGUUGUGCACACAUCUAAGAAGUUUCUUGGUCACAUAUAUAUUCCAGAUAUCAAUUGGGUUCUUAUGAUUGCAUGUAUAGCAGUUACUGCUGGAUUCAAAAACCAAAGUCAGAUUGGAAAUGCAUAUGGAACUGCAGUUGUGAUAGUUAUGGUGGUGACAACAUUCCUUAUGAUCCCGAUCAUGUUGUUGGUCUGGCGAAGCCAUUGGCUCCUAGUCUGUAUCUUCACUGCUCUGUCUUUGUUGGUGGAGCUUCCUUACUUAUCUGCUGUGCUGUUUAAGAUAGGUCAAGGCGGUUGGGUACCUCUUGCUAUUGCCGCAACAUUUCUCAUAAUAAUGUACGUUUGGCAUUAUGGCACAGUCAAACAAUACGAAUUCGAGUCACAUAGUAAAGUGUCUAUGGCCUGGAUACUAGGUCUCGGGCCAAGCCUUAGGUUAGUCCGUGUUCCCGGAAUAGGUUUUGUGUACACUGAGCUAGCAAGUGGCGUGCCACGCAUUUUUUCCCAUUUCAUCACCAACCUUCCUGCUAUCCAUUCGGUGGUUGUUUUUGUUUGUAUCAAGUACCUCCCAGUCUACACUGUGCCAACUGAAGAGCGGUUCCUUGUGAAAAGGAUUGGGCUGAAAAAUUUCCAUAUGUUUCGCUGUGUUGCAAGAUAUGGAUACAAAGAUCUCCACAAGAAGGAUGAUGACUUUGAAAAGAUGUUGUUCGAUAGCCUCUCUCUCUUUGUUCGACUAGAAAGCAUGAUGGAAGGAUACACAGAUUCAGAGUACAGCCUGCCUACACAGCAGACGGGAAUGUCACUAACUGACAUAACGACCAUGGAGAACAGCAAUGAGAGGCCGCUUUCUUCUAAUGUGGAUAUCAGCUAUGCAUCUUCUUAUGAUCUUAUCCAUCCUGCUCAAUCUCAGGGAAGUAGCCUGUUGAGGUCGUCAGGUCAGACAAGUGGUGCGACUGAUAACGAAUUGGCAUUCCUGAACAAAUGCAAGGAGGCAGGGGUGGUGCACAUUCUUGGAAAUACAAUUGUCAAAGCUCGUCGAGAGUCUACGCUUAUAAAGAAGAUUGCCAUUGAUUACAUAUAUGCUCUUCUCCGGAGGAUCUGCAGGGAGGACAGUGUGAUUUUCAAUGUUCCUCAUGAAAGCCUGUUGAAUGUUGGACAGAUGGUUUAUAUAUAAUUCCGUGUCUAUGUUCUAAGUCGAGGGUUUUCAUUAGAACUAAUUCUGCGAAUGACUCGAGCAAUUCUGAUAGCAUGCAAGGGAACGCUGAGUCAGUAAAGAUAAUGGAAGUGCCUAGAACUUGGAUCAUGCUUAUAGUUUCUCUGCCUUGUAAACCUUGAUUGUUGGUGCCAUUAUUGCAAACCUUAUCUAUGCACCAGGAAGCUGGAAUUGGCUGCAGAUCAAUCUUUGUUCAGUUCUUAUUUCUAGUUUUCUUAUUGAAAAUCAAAAUAUGAAACGAUUUUGGAAUUCCGCAGCUCUUGAAGAAAAAGAAAUGUAUGAGAAAAAUUGCCUAGAGUUGCACCUUCGCUCAAGUGUCUUUAAGUUGGUCUUUGAUGAGAAGUGCUUUAGAAAGAAGAGCGUAUUCAUGAUAAAGUCUUCUCAUCAUUGAUGUGUUUUAGAACUUAUUCAAAUGUAAGCAAAAUGGGAUUAAAGAAGGCAGGUGUAUACGAUAUUAGUUUUGUUAAA